GUUCGACAGGUGGCCAUGACACUUGUGCUUCGCUGUUUUCACAAGGACCACAAAUCUGGAUUAAGGCACUGGCAACUUCCAGAACCAGCCGCUGCACACAUUCAUAAUCUUAAGGUGCUCUUUUGGAAAACUUGGCAAAGUUGUGUAUAUUCUCGAACCACCAUUAAAACCAAUCUCUCAGGUCUUCCAACUGAUCUGAAGGCUGCCCACACACCUUCUGUGGGUGCACUUUUCUUGCUCUUUGGGCGUAGAGGGAGAGUGAUUAUUUGGCUGGUGAUCAUGGAGGAGAGGGAUCAGGAGGCCUGUUGUGAGGCUGGUUGUUCGACGCCCAGACGCUUAGAGUGUAGGAUACCGGUGGCAAUGGUGCCGCCGCCGCCUCCGAAGAGGAAGAAGCCGUUGUCCCUGGGGAAGAAGAAGGAGAAGAGGGAACCGUCAAAGAAUGGGUAUUUCCAGCCACCUGAUAUCGAGCUCUUCUUUGCCAUGGCUCCUAAACGCCAAGCCUGUGCUUUGUAGUGGCGAGUGGCUUUUCUUCUUGAUUUUUCCCUUUUGUUGUAUGAGUUGCUUGCUUACAGCACUCUGUUGGCUUUGGAUAUUACUGUAUGCUUUCUAUUUAUUUUUUAUUUUUUCCUUUUCUUUUCCGGAUGAAGGAGUAAAGACAGGAAGAAGCACAUAUGUAUAUUUAUUGAGAUUUCAGGGUGUAGCUAACUGGUUAGGGAUGCGCGGUGUGUAGAUUGGUUUUUUGGUGUUCUGCUGUUUGCAUAUAAUCAGUUCCAGAGUGUGUUAAUUAGCAA